CUUUCCUUUUUCUUAAAGUAGUUUAUUUGCAGCAUGAGCGUUCGUCUUUUAAGCUCUGAUAACGAGGAGUUUGCCGUUGAAAAGGCUGUUGCCGAGCGUUCGGUUUUGAUCAAGAACAUGCUUGAAGAUGUCGGUGAAGGUGAUGCUCCUAUUCCUCUUCCCAAUGUUACCGCCAAAGUCUUGAAAAAGGUUAUUGAAUGGUGCGAACAUCACAAGGACGAUACACACAUUCAGGAUGAGCAAGAACGACGCAAUACAGAUAUUGACGAAUGGGAUCAGAAAUACAUGGAAGUCGACCAGGAAACCCUUUUCGAUAUCAUUUUGGCUGCCAACUAUCUUGAUAUCAAACCUCUUCUCGACGUCGGAUGUAUGACUGUCGCAAAUAUGAUCAAAGGAAAGAGCGCUGAAGAGAUCCGACGGACGUUUAACAUCACCAACGAUUUUACUCCCGAAGAAGAAGCUCAAAUCAAAAAGGAGAAUGAAUGGGCCGAAGAUCGAUAAAUGGGAUAGGUUAAGAGUUCGAAACAUGCGUCUUGUAUGUGCCAGACUAUCAAUCGAAAUAGUUGGCAUUUGGCUUGCUUGAUCAAAUGAUCACUCAAAUAAAUGAGAAAUUUAUUCGAUCUUUUGCUGGAAAAAAAGAGGACAUGGGUAAAGAAUGAAUGGCAGCAUGUAAUGGUAUCAAAAAGGAGAAACACACGGCAGACGCCACAUCUUUAACCCACUUUUUUCUUACACCAAAGAGAUGGCUGUGUG